GAGUUUGGAAAAACUGCAGAGUCAUUCAGACUUUCAAAUUUUAAAUGUCAGAGAUGAACAGUGCGUCUGUGAGUGUGGAAAAGUUUAGCUUGUUAGCUUAGCAGCAUCGGAGAGCAACUUCAAUCAUUUACUGGUGGGGAGAAAAUACUCCGAGCAUUUAAUGAUAAACGAAGUUAGUAGUUUUGUUUAACAUGUGAAGUGGCGAAAUAUGUGAGUUUUUAUUUGAGCUUUUAGUUUUUGUCCUUGCAACUUGCUUUAGCUAGCUACCCGAAGUUAGCUAAUCAAGUUCAGAUCAAAAAAUAGCAACUAUCAAAGUAAAGUGCCGAGUUUAAGGGAAUACUGCUGCAAGAUCGUACACACUUUUCACCGGUCUGGAAAAUAUUUAAGGCUCCUUGACCAACAUGUCAGAUCAAGAAUUAUUUAAAUACAGUCCAAGAGGCGGUAGUGCAAUGUUUAGGUCCCUAAAACCAGACUUUGAGCCAGGUUUGCACCAUCAUCCUCAUGAAGUCCACUUGGCAGAGGAUGCAGCAGUUCAUGGCAGCGCAGUAGGACUGAGAAAUGAUGCACUUGCUACUGGAGACUCAAACCACAAACAGGAAUCUGUAGUUUAUGAAGGUGACGACAGAUCAAAUGAGACUUCUCCCAUCCUCAUCAGAAAAAAUCUGCUUGAUUCUGAUGACUUGUUCCUGGAAAAUGAGGAUGAAGAUUUUGAAGAAGCAGGGGUUUUCUCUCUCCGCGGUUUGUCUCCCGUUGCAAGCACAGUCUCAGAUGAAGAGUUUCUAAUGGACCGGCUCAACGACCUCCAGAUCACAUAUGAGAGUACUGGGACUGAAGUUUGGCAAAUGGAGUGGCACAAGAGUCACAUGGCAGCUUUAAGCAGCGAGAAGUUUGACGUCCUCCUAAGAAUGUAUCCAGAUUUUUACGGCUGUAAAAGUCACAUGGCAGCAUUCGUCCUGAUAAGUGAGGUCAUGGAUAUAACGGGUCGUCCAUGUCAGCAGUAUAAGGUUGUGGCGAUGGGAACUGGGCGCUCGUGCUGCAGCGGCUGGCUGUGCUACAGCGGCAUGAUGAUCCACGACUGCCACGCCAUAAUCAUCGCUAGAAGGGCUCUCCUGAGGUUUCUAUACAAACAACUUUUGCUGUUCUUUGAAGCCGAUCCAACAGCCAAGCAGAGUUGUAUUUUUGAGAGCAGCACCAACAGUCAUCAGCUGCAGCUCAAACCCAAAAUCAGCCUCCAUCUCUACACCAACCAGUGUCCUGAGGGAGCCGCCAAGAACUUCUACUUCAAGAGCUCGGGGAACAACUGUUGGACCAAUUUAAAGCUACAGUACCACACCAAGGGCCUGCUGGUACCAGUGGCUUACCUGGACCCGGGCCUGUGGGGGGCCAAAGUGUGCUGCGUCUCUGGAAGUGAUAAAUUAUGUUGCUGGACCGUCAUUGGAGUUCAGGGCGCAUUAUUGAGCCACUUCAUUCAGCCGCUUUACAUCACCACCAUAGUGCUAGGAGGUCAGACGAUUUUUAAUGAAGAAGUAUCUGACAUCACCAACAAGCGACUGGGUGAUGGAUGGGAAGGGAUUCUGCCUCUGUCCUACAAGAAACAGGACAUCCUCUUCCUGUCCGGCGACUAUGUGGGCCCGGCGGAGACGUCCCAGAUGCAUGACAACCUCAGCAUCAACUGGUGUCUUGGAGAUGAAGACAUUGAAGUUCUGGACAGCAGCAAAGGCACUGUCAUUGAAGGUUCUCCUUCGGUGAAUGGGCCCAGCUUCACCAGCAGACUUUGCAAGAGAGCCCUCUACAGGUAUUUCCAGCGAGUUGCAGUGCUGGGUGGGCACAGCUACCUGGUGGAGCUGCCCACCUACCACAGUGUCAAGGUGGAAGCUACCAUCUACCAGACGGUGAAAGAUCUGAUCAAGCAGCGCUUCCUGAGCAACCAGGCCGGGCCCUGGAAUUCAAAAAAGCUCGUGGAUUGCUUCAGCGCUUAAACACUUUUCUACAAACGGAUUACAUAGAAGUUUAUUGAAGCUCAUCCUGAGAUUGGAGUUAUUGUUCUUUUAGUGCUUUUAUUCGCAUGCUAAUUUGAAAAGUAAUUGUUUGUUUGGUUGUUUGGCACAGGAGCUUUCAGUUUGUGUAGGUGUUUAUGGAAGAUAAACAAGAGCCAACAGUUUGCAGAAGAAAUCAGUUUGCUUGAUUUGUGGGUGGAAAUGCUUUGCUUAAGGGCUCAGAUUUAAAAUGGGGAAGAUUUUCUCUGCCAUGUCGGGGGAAUGAAACAUUAUUCCUCUAUAGAUCUGCAUGGAAAGCUGACGGGAUGACAAAGAUGUUCAAUCAUUUACUUUCAGUUUUGAAUAAUCAAAUAUAUUAAAAUAAGUGAAAAUAUUUUGAUGGUUGUAGUUGUGAAAACAGUUCAAUUAUAACAAAAUGCAGCUGCAGCUCAGUUGAUUAGAGAAUGAUUGAAGUAUUUAUUCUAAAAUAAAAAUAAGUAAAUUAAAAUAUUUCAGUGUGUUUGCAUGAGACUAGUUAAAUGCUCAACAGGAAUUUUUGCUCUUUGAAAACUGUUGGUAUAAAGUACCAUUUAUACAUUUAUAUUGUCUUCUUGCAUGCGAUGCUGUACUGAUGCAGUGUGACUGCUGAGGUGUUACAGAAGCCCAGAUUGGUUGCUGCUCUGGUGUCUGAAACUCCUCUCCACUCGUCAGGCUCUGUGGUUUAGGUCCGGGUGAAUUUGCUGUCAGUCAAGCUCAGUGAUAUUGCAGUCAGUAAAGCAGAUAUUGAUACUUCUGACUGUAAGCAGCAUCCAGGUUCUCCUGGGAAAUGAAAUGUCUACAUAAAAUUAGUCAGCAGUGGAAAUCUGGAAUUGUUCUAAAUGUUUUCUGGUAAAUUCA